CGCCACGGCCUUCUUUGUCCGCCUUUACCGCCAGACGCCCGCCAGACGCCCGAGCUUCUUGUUCCUCCUCAUCUUACCAGCAAGACCUCAGCUCGACAAGCAAUCCUCCCCCUACACACCACCACCAUGCUUCCUCCAAGGGGCAUGCGGAUCCGUCUUGCGGCGCCUCGCUCCUCUUCCUGCGCCACAAGUCGAAGUCUCGCCACGGCCGCUCCCCCGACCUUCCACCCUACGCGCCUGCCGCCUUACCAGACGCUGCUCAACAACCUCGAGACUGUGCGAAAGGUCACGGACAACCAGCCCCUCUCUCUCGCUGAGAAGAUUCUCUUCUCGCAUGUGAGGAACCCAGAAGAAGUUCUCGCAAGAGCGGGCAAUGUUCGGGACUUCAGAGGCAAGGAAUACUUGCCGCUCAAGGUCGAUCGGUUAGCAAUGCAAGAUGCUUCUGCACAAAUGGCUCUACUGCAAUUCAUGACUUGCGGGUUACCUCAGACGGCUGUGCCCGCCUCCGUACACUGUGACCACCUGAUCCAGGCCUUCGAGGGGGCCGAGGCUGAUCUCAAGCGCUCCAUUGCCUCCAACCACGAGGUCUUCAAGUUCCUCGAGUCGGCGAGCAAGAAGUACGGCAUUGAAUUCUGGGCACCUGGCAGUGGUAUCAUUCACCAGAUCGUUCUGGAGAACUACGCCGCCCCAGGUCUGCUGAUGCUGGGUACCGACUCCCACACGCCCAAUGCUUCGGGCAUGGGAUGCCUGGCCAUUGGUGUGGGAGGCGCUGAUGCCGUGGAUGCUCUCACAGAUACACCUUGGGAGCUUUUGACCCCUCGUCUUCUCAAUGUUCAUCUCACUGGUACACUGUCGCCCUGGUGCACACCCAAGGACAUCAUCCUGCACCUCGUCUCGCGCCUCACCGUUCGAGGAGGAACAGGACGAAUUGUCGAGUACUCCGGCCCAGGGUUGGAGUCUCUUCCCGCCACAGGAUUGGCUACAAUGAGCAACAUGGGAGCAGAGGUCGGAGCGACCACUAGCUGUUUCGGGUACAAUGAUGCAAUGGGCAGGUACCUCGAUGCUACAGGGCGAAGUGAGGUCAAGGCCGGUGCUCAAGGCGCCGCUGCCCGAGGCCUUCUGUCCGCCGACAAAGGCGCAGAGUACGACGAGCGCAUCGAGAUCAACCUUGACACCUUGGAGCCCUGCCUCAACGGACCUUUCACUCCAGACUUGUCGACUAGCAUCUCAGAGUACACCACUCGCGCCAAGGAUGCCAAGGCUAGAGACCACCCUCUGGAGCUUUCGGCCGCGCUGAUUGGUUCGUGCACCAACUCAUCAUACAAUGACCUGGCCAGAUGCUCUUCUCUCGCCAAGCAGGCUUUGGACAGGGGCAUGAAGGUCAAGUGUAGCUUCGAUGUCACUCCGGGAAGUGAGCAGGUUCGAGCUACUGUCGAGAGAGACGGCAUUACCAGCAUCAUGGAGCAAGUCGGAGGCAGGGUUCUGGCUAAUGCCUGUGGACCCUGCAUCGGGCAGUGGGACCGCAAGGAAUGCCAGGGAGAGGAGAACGUCAUUCUGACUUCCUUCAACCGAAACUUCCGAUCGCGAAACGAUGGCAACUCGAAGACACACAACAUGCUGGCUUCACCGGAGAUUGUUACUGCGAUGGCUUUCGCAGGCCGCCUCGACUUCAACCCCAUGACCGACUCUUUGACGGCUCCAGAUGGCAAGCCCUUCAAGUUCGAUCCGCCCGUGGGAGAAGAGCUGCCGACCAAUGGCUUCACUCCUGGAGAGGCAGCGUACCUGCCUUUCCCAGCUCCUGAGCCUCAGCCUGAUGUCGAGAUUGCAAUCGACCCUACCUCGACCCGUCUUGAGCAUCUACAGCCAUUCGGUAGCGCCUUCUCCGAGGGCAAGUACGAGCUCGACGGCCUUCGCUGUCUCAUGAGAAUCAAGGGCAAGUGCACCACCGACCACAUCUCUGCUGCUGGACCGUGGCUGAAGUACAAGGGACACCUAUCCAACCUCGCCGAGAACACUCUGAUCGGUGCUACUAAUGCAGAGACCGAUCGAGUCAAUUCUGCUGUAGACUACGAGACCGGCAAGGAGGACACAAUCCCUAAUGUCGCUAAGGCGUUCAAGGCGAGGAAUCAGCCUUGGGUCCUGGUAGCCGAUCACAAUUACGGUGAGGGCUCAGCACGAGAGCAUGCUGCGCUGCAGCCUCGAUUCUUCGGCUGCCAAGUCAUUGUUGCUCGAUCUCUCGCUCGUAUUGCAGAGACCAACUUGCGUAAGCAAGGCGUGCUGACACUGCUAUUCGCCAAUGAGAGCGACUACGAGCUGAUCAGUGCCGGCGACGAGAUCUCGACCAAGGGUCUCGAGCCAUUGAUGAAGCCCAACGGAGACUUGACUGCUCAAGUCACCCUUGUAGUUCGUAAGCCUGACGGAAAGGUCCUCGAGAUUCCUACCAAGCAUACCCUGAGCAAGGCGCACAUCGACUGGAUCAGGGCGGGUAGCGCUCUCAAUGUCAUCAGAGAACAAGCAACGCAGUCCUCGCCCUCUUCGUCUGGCUCGGGUGCCGGUCUCUUCGGCUCGUCGUCGAGGGCUGGCGGAAGCUCGGCUCGAGCAUACUCGACUUUUGCAUCGACUGGUGCUCGGAGAGGAUAUGCCACCGGCGCCAAGCCCAGUGGCAAUGCGUCGAAGCUGAAUCCCAACGACCCUCGCUAUGUGCCCCCGGCGUCAGACACCAGGACAGACGCUCUGCGCAGGAUGGUCUACCCUCCGGCUGCGGAUGCUGAAUCCAGCCGUCGCAAGGCUCAGGUCCCCGAGACGCUGGACGAGGCUCUGCCAUACGGUCGGGAGGUUCACGAGACCAUCGAUCGAGCAUGGAAGCUGUUCCAACGCACGAGGAGGGAAGCUCUGAGCGAGGAUCUCAGGGUGAAGAGGGAGAGGAUGGCCGAGGCUGUAGCAGAUCUGAGGUCCGAGGACGCUAGACUGUACAGGGCGGCCACGUACCGUGUUGCACCUACGAGAAGGUCACCCUCUGAGCAGGCUGCCUUGAUCGAGUUGGGCGUCGUGGCUGCUACUGGAAAGCCUCCUGCUACCCCUUCGGCUGAGCAAAGGAGAUUUGCCAGGUCGAUGCUGGGUAGGAGGCUGGAGGGCAUGUUCCCUCGAGAGAUGAGGGUGCCUACUGUGACGCCUGCUCGCAAGAUUUGGAACACCGGAGAGUAGAGUGCCAUUGGUGUUCCCCUGCAUAGGAGUCGUCUGCGCAAAUGUCAUAUCUGUCAUCUCAUCAGUACUGUUGC